GUCAAAUAAUGCAAUUGCUUUAUAGCCAUUAAACCAAUAUCAAAACGAAAAGCCAGAUUUCAAUACAGAGACCUUGCAAAUACACAAGAAACAACAAUGGAGUCCCCAAGUUACCACAUGCCUCUUCGUGAUACACCAACUCAAGCACCCAGAUCAAGAUUUCCAUCAAAUAUAGUCCACAAAGUGAGAGACAACCUUGUCUUUCGAUCCAAAUGGGCAGAACUUAAUGGUGCCAUGGGGGAUCUAGGUACGUACAUACCAAUCGUACUGGCCUUAACAUUAUCCGUUGACCUUAAUUUAGGGACAACAUUAAUAUUCACUGGCAUAUACAACAUUGUUACUGGGGCAAUCUAUGGUGUUCCAAUGCCAGUCCAGCCAAUGAAAUCGAUAGCAGCUGUGGCUAUAUCAAAUAGUGCAGAAUUUGGCGUGCCCGAAAUUAUGGCAGCAGGAUUAUGUACUGGUGGGAUUUUGUUCCUUUUAGGUGUUACAGGUUUGAUGCAGCUUGUUUAUAAGUUGAUUCCAUUGUCUGUUGUUAGGGGAAUUCAGCUUUCACAAGGGUUAUCAUUUGCCAUGUCUGCUGUGAAGUAUAUUAGGAAAGUACAAGACUUUUCCAAGUCAAAGUCUGGUGGUGAUAGGCACUGGUUAGGGUUAGAUGGUCUGGUUCUGGCUAUUGUUUGUGCUUGUUUUGUUAUUGUUGUUAACGGUGCUGGUGAGGAGGGUAGUGAAGGAGAGGGUGAUGACAUUGAUUUAGGUGGUGGAGAGAGGCCUAGGAAGAGGGGGCUGAAGCAAAUGGUAGCCUUACUUCCUUCUGCUUUUAUGGUUUUCUUGUUGGGUGUGAUUUUGGCAUUUAUAAGAAGGCCUGGAGUGGUGCAUGAUUUUAAGUUUGGACCAUCUUCUAUCGAGGCAGUGAAAAUUUCUAAGCAUGCUUGGAAAGAAGGGUUUGUCAAGGGUACAAUUCCUCAGCUCCCUCUAUCAGUAUUAAAUUCUGUUAUUGCUGUGUGCAACUUGUCAUCUGAUCUGUUUCCAGGAAAGGAUUUCUCGGCAUCCUCGGUUUCAGUGUCUGUAGGGCUGAUGAAUUUAGUGGGAUGUUGGUUUGGUGCCAUGCCAUGUUGCCAUGGUGCAGGAGGACUGGCUGGGCAGUACAAGUUUGGAGGUAGGAGUGGAGGUUGUGUGGCACUACUUGGAGCAGCCAAAUUGGUUUUGGGUUUGGUUUUAGGAAGUUCUUUAGUGAUGGUUUUGAACCAAUUCCCUGUAGCAGUCCUAGGGGUGUUGCUAUUGUUUGCUGGAAUUGAGUUGGCUAUGGCCUCAAGAGACAUGAAUACGAAGGAGGAAGCUUUUGUGAUGCUUAUAUGCACUGCGGUUUCAAUAAUGGGUUCAAGUGCAGCACUUGGCUUUUUGUGUGGGAUUGCUGUGCAUCUGCUUCUUAAAGUUAGAAACUGGCAUAACAACCAGCCAUGUUCAACAGUUUAGUGUAAUGGAAUUCCAUGGCAAUCUCAAGAUCCAUGAGUGAGUUUUGUGAAUAGUUAAAAAUGUACUGGAGUAUUAGUUCCCCAACUGGUUUGAGAUUGUUGUCGAUUGGAGUAUUGGAUUUCCUACCUAUGCUAUGUCAAUAUCUUUUAUUUUGUGAAUUAUCAGUAACACCUUUUUACUCUCUUGUAUUGCAGUACUUACUGUCUAACUUGAAAUAAUGUACAUAGAUGUUACGCA